UGUGAGUGUGUGUGUGUGUGUGUGUGUGUGUGUGUGUGUGUGUGUGUGUGUGUGUGUGUGUGUGUGUGUGUGUGAGUGAGUGUGUGUGUGUGUGUGAGUGUGUGUGUGUGUGUGUGUGUGUGUGUGUGUGUGUGUGUGUGUGUGUGUGUGUGUGUGUGUAAAUAUACAGACAGAUAGAUAGAUAAAUAGAUAUACCUACAGGCUGCUCAAAUAACAUCCCUAUUUCAAAUCACAAGAAACGACAAGAACAUUGGAAAUGAAUCCCAACACCAGGAGGUUCCUCGCCUCAUCCUUCGCCAGCGUACCGCCGUCCUCCGCCAGACACCACGCCCUUCGCAGCCAAGACUCGAAAUGGGGGACGACCUGGGCGUGGACCCUCGGCUUCGUCGGGAGGCGUCCUUGCUCCUCUUCUUCAUCAGGACUUCAUCAGGAGUUCGGAGACAGCGAUCGCGUUCGGCCCUACGAGUCUAUUCCUGGACCGAAGGCUCUGCCGCUGGUGGGGAAUAAACUGCUCUUCACGCCAUUAGGUGGCUACUCCCUCGAGAGGUACUGGGAGUCCUGUUGGAAGCUGUACACCCUCUACGGCCCUAUCGUCCGGCUGGCCAAGCUCACGGGCCAGUUCGACAUGGUGCUGGUGUUUCGGCCGGAGGACACCAGGAGGAUCUUCGAGAAAGAGGGACGUCUGCCUGUGCGACCUGCGCUGGACAUCCUGGAGUACUACAGGAUGCGGAAUCCUGACAUGUACUCUUCCCCUGGCUUAGUUCCUGGGAACGGGGAGGAAUGGAAGCGCCUCCGGGUCUGCGUGCACAGUCUCCUCCGGCGGGAGUUGGUGCAGAGCUACAGGGCGGCGCAGGCGGGCGUGGCGCGGGACCUGGCGACUGCCGUGGACGACGCCCAGAGACGCCAUCCGGAGGGGCCGGUGCCUGAUCUCCUCUACUUGCUGUUUCGAUACACGCUCGAGGCCGUGGGUGUCGUGAGUCUGGGAACGCGUCUGGGGUGCCUCGACGCCGCCCACGCCACCAGCCACGCCCAAACCCGCGCCCGGGACGUCAUCGCUGCCAACGAGGAGUCCCUGGCCGUCAUGGGGGCGUCGUUCUUCAGCCCGCCCUUGUACCGGGUCCUGCCCACUCGCGCCUACAACGCCCUCUCCCGGGCUCAGCGCACCAUCGGCAGCGUGGUGGAGGAGCAGCUUCGUCGGAGGAGGAAGGAACACGCUCAAGAUCCCAGUGGCUUCAAGGAGCAGCAUCCCUUCCUCAGCUCCCUCCUCGAGCGCCAGGAUAUCGCCCCCACUGACGUCUUCCUGCUCGUCUUAGAGGUCUUUCAAGGAGGCAUCGACGCGACGGCGACGACUCUGGGCUUCUGUCUCCAUUAUCUCUCGAGAGAAAAGGAGAAGCAAGAAGUUCUCUACAACGAGGUGAAGGACGUAGAGCCGGCGACGCAUACGCUGCAGGGUCUGCCGUACCUGCGCGCGGUGGUCCAGGAGGCGAUGCGCCUUCGUCCUUCUGCGGGGGGGCGCACCAGAGUCAUCGACGAGGCUGGGGUCUUCUGCGGCUUCCACGUGCCGGCCGGGACCUGCGUGAGUUCCCCCCCUGUGGUAGCGUGCUUCGACCCAGAGGUAUUUCCUGAGCCGCACCAGUUCCGCCCCGAAAGGUGGCUCUCCAGGACCAGGUCCACGCAGGCCGCGAGUUCUCAGCCCACGCCCACAGGAGGAGGAGGAGGAGGAGGAGGAUCAACCACGCCCACGCCCACGCCCGGUGAAGAGAAGAGGAUCCACCCAUACACCAUCGUGCCCUUUGGCCACGGGGCGAGGAUGUGCCCGGGGCGCAGGGUGGCCGAGCAGGAAAUCUACCUGGCGCUCAUCCAGGUGGUGAAAGCCUUCAGGAUGGAGUGUGUAAGAUCACCUGGAGGCGCUGACGAACCCGUAGGACAGGUGCUGAGACUCAACAUGAUGCCCGACGCCCCGAUUGCCAUUAGGUUUACGCGGAGGUGAUGGCAUAGAAAACGGAGGGCAAGGGGGCCGUGUCGAGUGGAAUUAUUAUUGUUAUUUUUAUUAUUAUUAUUAUUAUUAUUGUUGUCGUUAUUGUUAUUAUUAUUAUUA